AUGGCUAGUCCUGCGCAUUGCCUCUAUUGCUUCGAGGUUCUAUCCGCCAGCUUUGAACGUCGAGACCCUCCAACUCUACACAAAGUGCUUGAAUUGUAUGAGGAUUACAAAACAAUCGGCCAAUCUAAUGGAACAACUACGGGAGAGGAAGAAUCAGGGAAUAGCAAAGAUGCUGUCAAGGUGACGGACUCUGAAGAGGAGGAUCAGGUUGGGGACGAGGACGAGGAAGACCAAGAGGAUGAGGACGAAGCUGGCGAAGAGGAGAUCCAACGCUUUGAUCGCCGUCACACGGCCAGCAAGGCCGGGCCCCAACUCCCCAGCAUCUCUCGAUUGCAAGCGUCGAGUUCGUCAUCGAGGUCAUCGUCAGCGUCGUCCCCUUCACUCUUCUCCGCCAGCUCCUCGAAUUCUCAGCUUACAAACCCCUCGAGCACGAGCUCCUCGAGCUCUUCUGCUCGCCGUACGUACGCAUCACAACUCUCGGCCACCGAAUCCUAUCCGCUCUUCGUCACCUGGAACACCGUAGCCCGCUCCGGCCACAAAGCUCUAAGAGGUUGCAUAGGGACGUUUGAGGCCCUCCCACUCGCAUCGGGUCUCAGCACCUACGCCCUGACAUCGGCCUUUGAUGACACGCGAUUCUCGCCCAUCCCAGCCGCUUUGUUGCCCGCACUCUCCUGCUCUCUAACAUUGCUUGCAGACUUCGAGCCUUGCCAGGAUGCCAUGGACUGGACAUUAGGCCUCCACGGCUUGCGGAUUAGCUUCAACUACCGAAAUCGGCGACACGGCGCAACAUAUCUACCAGACGUGGCGGUUGAGCAAGGCUGGACGAAAGAGGAGACAGUGGAGAGCCUAAUGAAGAAGGCGGGAUGGGAUGGAGGCUACACAGGUCACGGCGUUGCGAGGAGACUCUUACGAGGGUCGAUCAGAGGGACUGCAAGCGAUCAGCAACAGUCCCAACCGCCCAAGCCGUGGGAAGAGGUCCAAGACUUUAGGGCAAUCAGGUAUACGGGGCUGAGAUCGAAUGCAUCGUACUCCGAGUGGCAGGACUGGCGUGACUGGAUCGAGAAGAACGGUGUCAAGUGA